CGGCAGUAUGGUCAACCGUGGUCAACCGGGGAAGGUCAUAAUGCUGGAGCAGCAGAGCAGCACGACGCGCUACGCAAAUACAUGCAACUCCUCGUGCAUGUAAUGAGAGCAGUAAAAAUGCAUGAUGGUCAUAAUUCCAAAUGGAGGAGCAGCACGACGCAAUACAUCCUGGUAGACUACUUCGUAUGCCUGUUGCCCUGACCUCUGGUGUCCAUUCCCCCGCCCACUCUAACCACAUCAGUGUAACACAUUCAUCAUACUGAAUUGAAAGGAUCCAAUACAACCAUGAAGAAGGAGAAAGCAGUGCUUCCAUUCUGGCAAAUCUUUUUAAUGGCCCUGAUUGUCAGUGGAGGAACAACCAUGGCCCAACAAGCUCCUUCCAUCGCCAUUCCUCAAUUCACAAAUGACACGAGUUUGAGGGCAAGGCAAAAUGUCUGUGACCGCUACCAGCGAUACGAUCAAGGAGAAGUCGAGAUGCGACAAGCUUUGGAUGGGCUACAGUUGCAUCCAGUGGGGAUACCUAGCAUGAGGUUCAAGUUGGAUGAUGCUGGCAAAAUUGACGCUGUAAAUCCUGGCUACUUCAUUGUUAUUCUGGAUGAAUUGGCCAAGCGUGCAGGAUUUACAUGGAGAGACAGCUUUGGAACGACCAACCGUCCGGGUGCCAACCGAAGCUUUACGGAACUCCUCGAAUGGGGAACGGACUACUAUGAUGUCGUUGUGGGGGCUUUCGACAAGACAUUAACCCGACUACAAUUGGGUGUCUCCUUUCAAGAAGGAAUCUUUGACAGUUCUUAUAUUUUGAUUGGAACUGCAGAGAAACCCAGCGACCCCUCCAUCAACUUGUGGCAGUGGCUGGAGCCAUUCGAGACAGAAGUGUGGAUCUGCAUUGUGGUCACAAUUUUGGCAUCAGGCGUCUUGUACCAGAUUCUAGAUGUCCCCACACCCAAACAAACCAAACAAAACCGCAAACGAAAACCAACAUUCAAUGAAUACCGGAAACAGCAACCAAACAAUGAAUCUAAUCAAGACACUGAUCAUAGGGGGAGGAGAAGCUCAGUUAGCUCAGUUGCUGGUGCCACAGAAGCCAUGUAUGACGGAGCUCAUACCAUUGGGGAUGGGAUAUUUCUCUCCAGCCUUCUCUUCACACAGCACUUUCAAUUUGUACCCCGGACAGCCCCUUCCCGCUUAUUUAGUGCAUCCAUGGGGUUGUGGGCUCUCCUAAUAUCAUCCAACUAUACCGCCAACCUUGCAAGCUUUUUUGUGAUUGAGAACACUCCAACCAUAGCCAUCCAGUCAGUUGAGGAUGCUAUCCAAAAUGGAAUGGCCAUCUGUGUUUGGGGAACCUCUGCCAAAGCUGAGUUUAUGAAAUCCAAGUAUCCACAAGGAAUAUUUGUGGACGUUGCAGACGACCAUAAGGAAAUGUUCAGUGCCAUUCGCAAUGGGGCUUGUGCUGUUGGAGUGUCAGCUCGAGCCAAUUUUGACUUUUACAAGGAUCAAACCAGUGCCAAUCCAGAUUGUGAUAUGAUCUGGGUUGGCCGAGUAAUCAAACACGUCCCUGCCGGGUUUGGUGUCAAGGCGGACUCGGGAAAACUGUGCUCCAGUCUCAUCAAUGAUGUACUGAAUUUGCAUCUUGUGGACAUGGAGACUGAUGGAUUCAUAGAAGCUGCCUGGAUGGAUAGCUUGUCCAAGAGUCAUGACCAAAAUUGUGCAGCGAUGAUGUCUUCUCAAAUGGAAGAGGCUAGUGCAAGUCGAUCCUUGAAGGAAAUGGCUGGGACCUUUUUAAUUCAUCUGAUAUUUGCUGUUGCUGCCAUUCUAUUAUUUGCUGUUACCCGUUUCUAUGACAAGUACAAGCAAAUGUCAGAUAAAUCCCGGCAAAAACUUCGACUCGGCGUGAUGGGCAGCAUGGUGGCAGGAGGAGUAAGACGACAAGAGGAUGCGGUGGGGGCGAAUCAGGUUCCACAACCUCCAGAAAGCAGUCAGUUCGACAUGGACUUUGAGGAGGAUCAAAGUACCAGUGUACACCAUGCUGCCUCUGCUACACCAGAAGCAGCUGCUAUAGGCAUUGAUCAAACAGCCCACCUGGAAGAUCGACUGGCAGAAAUGGAAGCACGCCUCGAGAGCAUGGAAGACGCCACCCGUCAAAAUCAACUUGACAAUCGUCAAUAUCAAUUCGACAAUCGUCAAUAUCAACUGGAUAUGGAGCACAAACUGGACACGCUUGUUGAGCUACUUCAGAAACAGGACCGAAACAUGCCAUCAACUUGGGAUUUGUAAGGACGAUGUCGCCUUUUGGUAGCUGUAGAUGCUCUGAGCUACUGUUUGGUUGUGGGUGUUCAUGCAUGGAUAACUACAGUAUGGAAAGUAGCUACUUGUUUUCUUUUC